GGGCUCCACAGGAGGAGGAAGAGGGAGGUUGGAGAGUGUGGGGGUGGGGGGAAGGGGGAGAAAGGGAAGAACAAUAGGAGUCAUGUUUCUGUCUUUUUGGUGGUGUGGGAGGCCCUGUCUCCUGGCUGGCUCUGAGCUUCGGCUUCAGGCUGGACAGGGGAGGAAACCGUGGGAUGUGCCAGGACAGGUGGCCCUGACAUGUGAUGCCUGCCUGCUGACCACUCAGUCAACACUUCUAGAAUGGUUUCCAGAAGUGAUGUGAAGGGGCAGGCAGGGCAGCUAAAUAUAGUUCUGGGGCCAUGCCUCAGGCUGGCUUCCUGUCUGCUGGUUCACUAUGUGCCCAUCCCCCAUGAUGUCCACUGCCAGCUGCUCCUGUGAGCCUUGUCCUCCAGUACCCAUCUCCCCCUGCUCUGAGCUUGCUGCUGGAUCUUCACCUGUCUUCAGACACAGUUCUGACCCGCCUGUGGCUAGGCCUGACCCUGACUCGGCCUCGCUGAAGUCUUUUUUAGCCUAAGGUCCCCAAUCAGACCUACCCGCCAUGUCGGCUGCGCCCGGCCUCCUACACCAGGAGCUGUCCUGCCCGCUGUGCCUGCAGCUGUUCGAUGCGCCCGUGACGGCCGAAUGCGGCCACAGCUUCUGCCGCGCCUGCCUGGGUCGCGUGGCCGGGGAGCCGGCGGCUGACGGCACCGUGCUCUGCCCCUGCUGUCAAGCACCCACGCGGCCGCAAGCGCUCAACACCAAUCUGCAGCUGGCGCGCCUGGUGGAGGGGCUGGGGCAAGUGCCCCAGGGCCACUGCGAGGAGCACCUGGACCCGCUCAGCAUCUACUGCGAGCAGGACCGUGCGCUCGUGUGCGGUGUGUGCGCCUCGCUCGGUUCGCACCGUGGCCACCGCCUGCUGCAGGCCGCCGAGGCCCACACGCGCCUUAAGACGCAGCUCCCCCAGCAGAAGCUGCAGCUGCAGGAGGGACGCAUGCGCAAGGAGAAGAGCGUUGCUGUGUUGGAGCAUCAGCUAACGGAGGUGGAGGAGACAGUGCGUCAGUUCCGGGGGGCCGUGGGAGAGCAGUUGGGCAAGAUGCGGGUGUUCCUGGCUGCACUGGAGGCCUCAUUGGACCGAGAGGCAGAGCGUGUCCGGGAUGAGGCAGGAGUCGCACUCCGGCGGGAGCUGGGGGGCUUACGCUCUUAUCUGGAGCAGCUGCGGCAGAUGGAAAAGGUGCUGGAUGAGGUGGCCGACAAGCCACAGACUGAGUUCCUCAUGAAAUACUGCCUGGUGACCAGCAGGCUACAGAAGAUCCUGGCAGAAUCUCCACCACCUGCCCGCUUGGACAUCCAGUUGCCUGUUAUCUCAGAUGACUUCAAAUUCCAGGUGUGGAGGAAGAUGUUCCGGGCUCUGAUGCCAGCGCUGGAGGAGCUGACCUUUGACCCGAGCACAGCACACCCGAGUCUGGUGGUGUCACCGUCAGGUCGCCGCGUGGAGUGCUCUGAGCAGAAGGCGCCGCCGGCUGGUGAGGACCCGCGCCAGUUCGACAAGGCCGUGGCGGCGGUGGCGCACCAACUGCUUUCUGAGGGCGAGCACUACUGGGAGGUGGAGGUGGGCGACAAGCCGCGCUGGGCCCUCGGCGUUAUUGCUGCCGAGGCCAGUCGCCGAGGCCGGCUGCACGCUGUGCCCUCGCAGGGCCUCUGGCUGCUCGGGCUUCGCGACGGCAAGAUCCUGGAGGCACACGUUGAGGCCAAGGAGCCGCGCGCACUGCGCACACCGGAGAGGCGGCCGACGCGCAUAGGUCUCUACCUUAGCUUUGGCGAGGGCACCCUCGCCUUCUACGACGCCACCGACCCUGACGCGCUCGUGCUGCUCUUUGCCUUCCACGAGCGCCUGCCCGGGCCGGUGUACCCCUUCUUUGACGUGUGCUGGCACGACAAGGGCAAGAAUGCGCAGCCACUACUAUUGGUGGCGCAAGAUGGGGAGCAGGCCUGAGCCACCUGGCCAGGUUGGGGAGGGAUGCCGGGUCCUGGCAGUUUGGCGCUCAGGCCUUGUUCCUCAGGUCUGGGGGGAGGCAGACAAGAGCAGAUGUUGCCAGGGCUGAAGGCUGUGCCAAGGGGGCCAGGGAUUAGGGUCUCCAAGAGCUCUGGGAAGGGUGGGGGGCUGAUUUCGGUAAGUGCUUGGAGUGAGGCUGUGAACAGGACCCGGCAGGGAAGGGACAUCUGAAGGUAGGUCAAUAAGGACAUCUGAGUUUGGGGGCAGGAAGGCCCAGGGGUCCAGGGGCCUGGAGUGGGCAGUCGGGGAGGCUCCCAGGGAUUUUAGGAGGAAACUGAGGUUAAGAGAGGGAGGGAAAAGGGGCAGCUCUGGGGAGGAUAGAGGGAAGAGCUUGAGAGCUCUGUAGAGUAAGUGGUCCCUUCAGCCUUAGACUCUCCCCCUCUCACCCUGCAGUAGCAUUGAGGCAGGGUGUCCAGACUCUGCCAUACCAAAAGGCCUUCACCUUGACAGUGGUUCUCCAACUUGAACAUGUAUUAGAAUCAUCCGGAGGAUCUAUUAAAGCACAGAUUGCUGAUUUUCUGACUCAGUAGGUCUGGAGCAGACUACACAUUUGCAUUUCUAACAAGUUCCAGAUGGUGCAUGUCCAAGUCGAAGAACUCGGUCCCAGGGUCACACUUUGACAAUUGCUGACUCAGAGAGCUCCCUGCCUGUUUAGUUAGCUAUCACUGUGGAUUGAGACAUAGAAAAUCCAAAAUAUGUUCCUCCAUUCAACUGACAUUUUUAAAAUUUGCCAGACCCUAUGUUGAAUGCUUCAGAGAUGAAUUAACCUACCCCCAACUUAUUCCCUUUGCGUCUGGAAUAUGUUUACCGAGUGUCCUGGACACUGAAGAAAUUCCCCAAAUUGUCAACUCAGAGAAAGUGCCUGAUGCUAACCCCACCCUGGGCGCUACUGCUUGUGGAGGAUAGAAGGUCCCUCUCCUCAUGAGAUGGCCUCUCACUGCUUACUUGCUGGUUCACAACUUCUUUGGUUUUAACUCAAAGGCCUGUUUCUUGGUUUUUGGAGUAACCAUUGAGGCCCAGAGUAAGAGUCCCUCUCUCUUGGAGGGAAAGGCCUUUGGGGAUUCUGGUAGGUAGGACUUUAGUCCUAUCCUCAGGGCAGAUGAUGGCAUGGGGUCAUCUAGUCUCACAGGGUUGUUGUGCUGUGCUGUGUGAAAGGGCCUGGAGACCCCUGGCAAGAGGUACCUAUGUGGGGAUUUUCAUGGGAGGAUGGUGGGGGACGGGACUAAGAGAUGGGGCAAAAGGAAGGUGUAGAUGGGUAAGAAAAGCCUGGCUGGAGUUGAGGGUUCCUGACUGCAUCUUCUAUAGGAAAGCCUAGUUAGGCCCCUGGCCCUUGGUGACAAAAGAGAGGAUUAUUUUGAGUAGCUUGUUUAUGCUAGAAAAUAAAACAAUAAAAUUAAAGGAUUAUUUGGCUGUAAAAUUCAGCACUACUAAUAAAAACUGUUGUAUUCUGACUCCUUCAUUAAAUCUGUGUGAAGACACAAGUGACCUAACGCCAGGUCUCUUAAUUGCCCUCCUAGCCUUCAGUCUUGCCCCAUCUAAUCUUUCUAGAAGCACAAAGUUAGAUAGGUGACUCAGUUGCUCAAAACCUUUCAGUGACUCCCUGCUACCUGCAGGAUAAAGCCUGAAGUCUUUGACUUUGCGUUUGAGGCAUCCUCUAUUUCCUAGCUUCAUCUUGUACCACCACUCUGUGUGUCUAUAUUCUGGCAAUUCCUGUACACACCACACAACUCUGCUAGGAAUCUCUUUUUCCCUCCCACUCAUCCUUUAAGACUCUCCUGAAACACCACCAUUUUUUAUUCUCUCCCAACCUCUAGUCCCCCAGCUAGGAUCUCUCCAGCACCUCCUUUAUAACAUGCAUUGAAUUGUCUACAUAUAGGUCUCCUUGUCAUGGACAUCUGGGGAGGGGUGGUGGUGUCCAAGAGCCCAAAGUUUCCUUCUGAGGAAGUGAGCCCUCUGAGAUGCAGAUGCCAGGACAGGGUUAAAUGUUCAAGGAGUUUAUUAGGGAAACUGCCUGUGAGAGAGAAAACUGGGCGGGGGGGAGGUCACUAGGGGAGCCGUCAGAUUGUGUGCAAGCCAGGCCAUGAGUGAAGGAGAGAAGGAGGGUAGGUUGGGUGGAGGUGUCUUCGACUGUUAUGGGGAGUCUUAGUUAUCUAGUGCUGCUGUAACAGAAAUUCUACAAAUGGAUGGCUUUAACAAACAAAUUUAUUCUCUCACAGUUUAGGAGGCUAGAAGUGUGAAUUCAGGGCACCAACUCCAGGGGAAGGCUCUCUCUCUCUCGGCUCUGGGGGAAGGUUCUUGUCAUUAAUCUUCCCCUUGUCUAGGAGUUUCUCAUUGCAGGGACCCCGGGGCCAAAGGACAUGCUCCAUUCCUGGCUCUUGCUUGGUGGUAAUGAGGUCCCUCUCCUCUCUGCUCAAUUCUCUGUUUUAUAUCUCAAAAGAGACUGACUCAAGAUACAACCUAAUCCUGUAGAUUGAGUCCUGCCUCAUUAACAUGACUGCCUCUAAUCCUGCCUCAAUAAUAUCAUAGAUGUUAGGAUUUAGAACACAUAGGAAAAUCACAAAAUGGUGGACAACCACACAGUUCUGGGAAUCAUGGCCUGACCAAGCUGGCACACAUUUUUGGGGAACACAAUUCAAUCCAUAACAGAGCCCUCGAGCCAAAGCUGCCCUCUUUUAGGAGUCAUGUGGCCUGCCUUAGUGUUGUGCUCAGUUGUUGGCUGGCAGCCGCCCAUGGGAACUGCGGGUUUCACAGCCUUUCAGCUGUGGCUCUUGGGAAGUUAUGCCAAGUUGGAGUUAUAUCAGGAAACAAUUCUUUUCACAGCUGCCACAGGCACUUUCUGCAUAAAGUUGCCCUGGAUUGAGCCAUGUGCAUUGAGGGAAAAUGACCCUGUAAUCUUGUCUGUGGAUGAAUGGCUGAGGAAUGGGGUCCCUGAGCCAAACUCAUGGUGGGGUGAGUUUGUUGGAAACUCCAUCUAACCAGGGUGCUCCUAGUUGGAUGAUGGCUGCCGUAUCAGGCAGGAAUUACCAAUGCUGUUUUCUUUCUCAGUCAAAUGAGGAUACUGACCAUUAAAAAAAAAGAAGGUAAAACAACCAGGAAGUAGCAAAGCCAGUUCUGUCUACCUCAGAGCCAGUUUAUAGCUCAAGGUCCUGAGGUGAAUUCCAUCUCCAGAUGAGAUGUUCUACCAAUAAUGUUGAUGUUGUUAGCUGCCAUCAAGUCAACUCCAACUCAUGAUGACCCCAAGGACAACAGGAUGAAACCCUGCCUGGUCCUCCAUUGGCUGCAGAUUGGACCAUUGUAAUCUAUAGAGUCUUCACUGGCUGAUUUUCGGAAGUGGGUCACCAGGCCUUUCUUCCUAGUCUGUCUCAGUCUGGAAGUACUGCUGAAACCUGUUCAGCCUCACAGCAACACACAAGCCUCUAUUGACAGAUGGGCGGUGGCUGCACAUGAGGUGCGAUGGCAGGGAAUUGAACCCAGGUCUCCUGUAUGGAAGGCAAGAAUUCUGCCACUGAACUACUACUGCCCCCACUUCCAGUGAUUAGUUGAUGGUUUUACUGGGACACAGACUUGGCAUCCAUUAGUGACUCACAUAUGAGACUGUUCUCUUUUCAGUACUCCUAUGAUCCUUCCGAUUCAGUCCAUGAGAAGAUCUCCGUUUGAGAUUCUUUGGCCUUUACACCUCUGUGACACUUACUAAUCUUUUUAACAGAGCAAGAGUGCAAAUCUCAGGCUCAGAGCCUUUGGCAAGGAAAGGUUUCUAGGAAUAGUUUAAUUUUGCUCUUUAUAUUUAUUUUUACUGUUGUUGUUAGGUGGUGUCAAGUCGGUUCUGACUCAUAGCAAUCCUAUUCACAACAGAACGAAACACUGCCUGGUCUUGUGCCAUACUCACAAUUGUUAUUAUGCUUGAGCCCAAUGUUGCAGCCACUGUGUCAAUCCAUCUCGUUGAGGGUCUUCCUCUUUUCCACUGACCCUGUGCUUUACCUAGCACGAUGUCCUUCUUCAGGGACUAAUCCCUCCUGACAACAUGUCCGAAGUAUGUAAGACGCAUGGGUAGAAGACAUUUGCGGUGAUGACCAGGGCCAGGAAGCCUGGGGAUGCUGUGUGAUUUUCACAGUCAAGUCUCCUCUCUGAGUCUCAGUUUCCUUACCUGUGGUGGGGAGGGGCUGGACUAGAUAAUUUUCUGAGAUUCCACUGUCUUAGUUUGGGUCGCCCCAGAAUCAGAUCUUCAGACAAAGAUUCCAGUGAAAGCAGGCUUAUUUGCAAGGUGCAGGAAACACUUGCAGGGGAGUAGGGAGGCGAGACCAGAAGGGGAGGCCACCAGCGAAGGUACAAUAUGAAGAAAGUGUCGAAAGAAAAAUAUCUGAUGAGUAAGUCACUUAUGUAGCCUUAAAAGGUUAUUGGGUGGAAAAAACUGUGAACAGGGAGUAUCUUUCUGGAGAAACGAGCUUGUCAUGUUACAAUCUUGAUUAGCUUAUAUAAAGUACAAACUCUUAGGGUGUUCCCAAAAAGACAUUUAAAAUGAUUGCUUGUCAUUCACUUAAUCAGCAGGAGGCAGCUGGGAUUGGUUUAUUAAGGUUUGCGUGUCUGCAUUCUAUAGACUGUGGUUGUUGUUGUUAGGUGCCAUUGAGUUCGUUCCGACUCAUAGUGACCCUAUAUACAACAGAACGAAACACCUCUCGGUCCUCCACCACCCUCACAAUCAUUGCUAUGUUUGAGACCAUCAUUGCAGCCACUGUGUCAAUCCAUAUCUUUAAGGGUCUUCCUCAUUUUUGUUUACCCGCUACCUUCCGUGUCAUUAAGGCUGACUCUACUUUGAGGAGGCAGAUCUUCCCCAGUGGUAUUUUGAGUGCCUUCCAACCCUGAUGGUUUAGUGGUUAAGAGUUUGGCUGCUAACGAAAAGGCUGGCAGUUCAUAUCCACCAGACGCUCCUUGGAAACCCUAUGGGGCAGUUCUACUCUGUCCUAUAGGGUUGCUAUAAGUCAAAAUUGACUCGAUGGCAACUGGUUUUUUUUUUU